CACCCCCGAGUGAAUCCAGCUAGUCGAAUGGUUGGCGGGCUCUCGCGCGGGCGUGAAAGUCUAUAGUUCCUAAACAAUACACAAUGUGCUUGAAUAUCUGAACAUUCAACCCACGAUCCUCCAGUGUUAUUACAAGAAUGUCCCGCAGACUUCAAAGACCGUCUUAUAUCUACAUAUAGAGCCAUAGAUCAUCAUGGAAAGUCAAAACGGGUUGGCCGUGUCUCCGGAGACUCCGGUUGUACCUGGAACUCCCGCGGCCGCAGGCGUUGCCGCACAGGCGACGGCACCAUCAGCUACUGUCGGACCGGCCAAAACUCUGGCAGAAGCCGAAGCCGCUGCUGCAGCUGCCGCAGCUGCUGCCAAAAGAAAGGCCAUGAGUCGAAGAGGAAAACCUCCUCCGGAACGACCGCAACGAGCUCUCCUUUGCCUCUCGCUCACGAAUCCUUUGCGAAAGCUCUGCAUCAGCGUCGUCGAGUGGAAACCGUUCGAGUAUUUGAUCUUGUUGACCAUCUUCGCCAACUGCGUUGCCUUGGCCGUCUACACGCCGUACCCUAAUGGGGACUCUAACAUUACCAAUGCUUAUUUGGAAAAAGUGGAAUAUGUCUUCUUGGUUAUUUUCACCAUUGAAUGCGUCAUGAAAAUCAUCGCCUAUGGUUUCGUCGCACACAGCGGGGCCUACCUACGCAAUACGUGGAAUUUGCUCGAUUUCACCAUUGUCGUCAUUGGCGCCGUGAGCACGGCACUGUCGACCAUGAUGAAAGACGGAUUCGACGUUAAAGCUCUGCGAGCCUUUCGCGUUUUGCGGCCUCUGCGUCUCGUCUCCGGUGUUCCCAGUUUGCAAGUGGUGUUGAAUUCCAUUUUGAAAGCCAUGGUCCCGCUUCUUCACAUUGCUCUUCUCGUCAUCUUUGUCAUUAUUAUUUAUGCCAUCAUCGGAUUGGAACUCUUCUCCGGAAAAUUACACACAACUUGCUACGAUCCCGAAACCGGUGACAUGAUGAAAGAUCCUCAUCCGUGCUCCAAUUCAAGCGAGGUGGGAUUUGAUUGCAGAACGAUCGGAAUGGUGUGUCUUCCGGAUUGGGAGGGACCCAACGAUGGCAUCACUAAUUUCGACAACUUUGGCCUAGCCAUGCUUACCGUGUUCCAGUGCGUCACACUCGAAGGCUGGACUGACGUGUUGUAUCAAAUAGAAGAUGCCAUGGGUAAUUCCUGGCAAUGGAUCUACUUCAUCUCGAUGGUCAUCAUCGGCGCCUUCUUUGUGAUGAACUUGAUUCUUGGUGUUCUCAGCGGAGAGUUCUCCAAGGAAAGAGAGAAAGCCAAAGCGCGUGGUGACUUUCACAAGUUGCGCGAAAAACAACAAAUCGAGGAAGAUUUGCGAGGUUAUCUAGAUUGGAUCACCCAAGCGGAAGAUAUUGAGCCGGAAGGCGAGGACCGGCAUCACGACGAACCCAAGCACGGUAUUACAGUGGUAGUAGCUGUCAUAAAGAUGUCGUCUUACGCUUCAUUGCUCCAUUUGGUUUUCAAGCUAAAAACAAACGAGAGCAGGAAUAGUGUCGACAAGACGGAGGAAAGCAGCAACGCUGAUACGUCACAGGAUUCGUGGUGGGCACAGAAGAAGCGCAACUGGGAUCGGAGCAAUCGUCGUAUGCGCCGGGCCUGUCGCAAAGCUGUCAAAUCUCAGGCUUUUUAUUGGCUCAUCAUCAUUUUGGUGUUUCUGAACACGGGCGUCCUAGCAACCGAGCACUAUCAACAACCCGAAUGGCUGGAUUUCUUCCAAGAUGUGACCAAUAUCUUCUUCAUCGUGCUCUUUGCCUUUGAAAUGUUGCUGAAGAUGUACAGCCUGGGAUUCCAAGGUUAUUUCGUGUCGCUGUUCAAUCGAUUCGACUGUUUCGUCGUCAUCAGCAGUAUUGUCGAAGUGGUCCUAACUAAAACGGACCUCAUGCCCCCUCUGGGUGUGUCCGUGUUACGUUGUGUCCGUCUCCUCCGAGUCUUCAAAGUUACAAAGUAUUGGCGCUCACUUUCCAACUUGGUGGCGUCGCUGCUCAACUCGAUCCAAUCAAUCGCGUCUCUCUUAUUGCUCCUCUUCCUCUUCAUGGUCAUCUUUGCCCUGCUGGGCAUGCAAGUCUUUGGCGGCAAAUUCAACUUUGAGAAUCAAGAAUUGCCGAGAAGCAAUUUUGAUUCCUUCUGGCAAAGUUUACUAACCGUCUUUCAGAUUUUGACGGGCGAAGAUUGGAAUGCGGUCAUGUACGACGGUAUUAAAGCCUACGGGGGCGUAGCAUCUCUGGGUAUUCUCGCUUGCAUCUACUUCAUUAUUCUCUUCAUCUGCGGCAACUACAUUCUGCUGAAUGUCUUCUUGGCCAUCGCUGUGGACAACUUGGCCGAUGCUGAAUCGUUGACGGCUAUCGAGAAGGAAGAGGCUGACCAAGCCGAAGCCAAGGCGGAAGCUGAAGCUGACUUAGAUAAAUCGGCGGCGAGUGAUUCGGCAACGAAAGACGGUGACGAUCGAAGUCAAGAAGAACUGGACGAGGAAGAAGAAGAGGACAACGUUGGCGACGACAGCAAAGGAGGUGACGACGAGGACAACGCCCAAACAGGCGGCAGCCCGGACGGCAUGUCCGACCGGAAGAGAUCCUCUAAAAAGAAAAAAGCGGAUGGCAGCUCCACCAUGAUUGAAAUCGAACAGGAUUACGACGACGAGGGAACCGAGGACGCCAGUAAAGACGCAGACGAGGGCUUGGGUGACGAUCAAGGAUCUUAUGAUGAUGAUAAUAACGGAGAAGAGGAGGAAGCCGAAGUCGGAGAGGAGGAGGAGGAAGAAGAGGAUGAAGACGGGCAGCCGGUGACGUCGCGUCCGCGACGCGCGUCGGCCGUCGCCCGCUCCAACAACAAAAUCAUUCCCAUACCCCCCUACACUUCCUUCUUCAUACUCUCCCACUCCAACAGGUUCCGAGUUUUCUGUCACUGGUUCUGCAACCACAACUACUUUGGGAACAUUAUCCUUGCCUGUAUUCUCAUUUCGUCGGCUAUGUUGGCCGCAGAGGAUCCACUGAGCGCUGACACGGAUCGAAACAAGAUUCUGAAUCACUUUGACUACUUCUUUACAACUGUCUUCACUAUUGAAAUUUGCUUGAAAGUCAUUGCAUACGGAUUGGUCCUACACAAAGGAGCCUUUUGCCGUUCGGCUUUCAAUCUCCUAGAUUUGUUGGUCGUUUGUGUGUCUCUAAUUUCCUUUGGAUUCAGCUCCGGAGCUAUUUCCGUCGUCAAGAUCCUUCGAGUACUUCGCGUGCUGAGACCUUUGCGUGCCAUCAACCGAGCUAAAGGCCUCAAGCACGUCGUUCAGUGCGUCAUUGUAGCCGUCAAAACGAUCGGCAACAUUAUGCUGGUUACAUGCCUCCUCGAGUUCAUGUUUGCAGUCAUCGGAGUCCAGCUCUUCAAGGGGAAGUUUUUUAAGUGCAACGAUCCAUCAAAAAUGACUAGGGAUGACUGCAUAGGAACCUUUAUUCAAUACGAAGACGGUGAUAUUGAGCGCCCAACCGUGUCCAAUAGAACAUGGGAAAACAAUGACUUUCAUUUUGAUGACGUUGGUAAAGCCAUGCUGACGUUGUUUACAGUCUCAACGUUUGAAGGAUGGCCCGGUUUGUUAUACGUCUCUAUUGACUCGCACACGGAAGACAUGGGACCGAUGCACAACUACCGGCCAAUGAUUGCCUGCUUCUAUUUUAUUUACAUUAUUAUUAUUGCCUUUUUCAUGGUCAAUAUCUUCGUCGGUUUCGUUAUUGUCACAUUUCAAAACGAGGGAGAGCAGGAAUAUCGAAACUGCGAAUUGGAUAAAAAUCAGCGCAAUUGUAUUGAAUUCGCUUUGAAAGCUAAACCCUUCCGACGCUACAUCCCUAAACAGCGGUUUCAAUACAAAGUCUGGUGGAUGGUGACGUCGCAGCCCUUCGAAUAUGUUUUAUUCACAUUGAUCAGCAUGAACACGAUCACGCUGGGAAUGAAGUUCUACGGUCAACCAGAAGUCUACACUCAAGCUCUGGACAUUCUGAAUAUGAUCUUCACAAGCGUUUUCGCAUUGGAAUUUCUAUUGAAAUUAGCUGCCUUUCGGUUCAAGAAUUAUUUUAGCGAUCCCUGGAACGUUUUUGAUUUCGUUAUUGUCUUGGGUAGCUUCAUCGACAUCGUUUACUCCCAAUUGAAUCCCGAUUCCAAUCUCAUCUCUAUCAAUUUCUUCCGUCUCUUCCGCGUUAUGCGACUCGUCAAGCUUCUCAGUCGCGGAGAGGGAAUCCGAACUCUGCUGUGGACGUUUAUGAAAUCUUUCCAGGCUCUGCCUUACGUUGCGCUAUUGAUCGUGAUGCUAUUUUUCAUCUACGCUGUCAUCGGAAUGCAGGUUUUCGGGAAAAUUGCGCUAGACGAUGAUACUGCUAUUCACCGUAACAACAACUUUCAAACAUUUCCGCAAGCUGUGCUUGUCCUUUUCCGAUCGGCCACAGGAGAAGCCUGGCAAGAUGUCAUGCUCGGUUGUUCGUCGCAAAAGGCCCCAGCUUGUGAUCCGCUGUCGGACGAGAUUCGUAACAACUCCACAGACCACUGCGGUACCGAGUUUGCCAUCCCUUACUUCAUCUCUUUCUACGUUUUGUGUUCCUUUUUGAUUAUCAAUUUGUUUGUGGCCGUUAUUAUGGAUAAUUUUGAUUAUCUCACGCGCGAUUGGUCCAUUUUGGGCCCGCAUCAUCUGGACGAAUUUGUCCGUCUUUGGAGUGAAUACGAUCCCGACGCUAGAGGACGUAUCAAACAUUUGGACGUUGUGACGUUAUUACGUAAAAUCUCACCACCGUUGGGUUUCGGUAAAUUAUGCCCUCAUCGUGUGGCUUGCAAGCGGUUAGUGUCUAUGAACAUGCCGCUAAAUAGCGACGGAACAGUGAUGUUCAACGCCACUCUGUUCGCCGUGGUGCGGACGUCGCUCAAAAUCUACACAGAGGGCAACAUUGAUUCAGCCAACGAAACACUACGUGCCGUCAUCAAGAAAAUUUGGAAAAGAACUAACGGCAAACUUCUGGAUCAAGUCGUGCCGCCGCCAGGAAUCGACGACGAGGUGACAGUGGGCAAGUUCUACGCUACCUUCCUAAUUCAGGAUUAUUUCCGUCGCUUCAAGAAGAGGAAAGAAAUGCUCAACAAGGACUCUGCACUUGACGGAGAAGGCGCUGGCGUUGAUACGGUGACGCUACAGGCAGGAUUGCGAACUCUUCACGACGCUGGGCCUGAGUUAAAGAGAGCCAUUUCGGGCAAUCUUGACGAGCUGAUGGAACGUGACCCAGAGCCUAUGCAUAGAAGGAACCACAGUUUAUUUGGUAACGUUUGGUCCAACAUGCGAAGAGGAGGCGGCCCAUCAUCAAGGCAACGACCCACAGAAUCGUCGCCACUUAAAUUAUCGCCGCAAAUGCUACUGAAGGCAACUGUUACUGUUCCCAAUGGGCAGAGCGUGCCAAUAAAUUCGUCCAGUGACGACCUAUCGGAAGCCAUGCCACUCCGACCACUGCGUCUCCGACAGCAGCAGAAUCAGACAAACAACAACGGAAGUCUGCCUAGCAAUAUGUUUCACGGCGUCCUUUCAACAACAUCCCUGGGGUCUGCAUCUACUCUGCCCCGCUGUUUUAGUAGGCGGAACGAACGUCGAUUGACGGGUGGACUGUGGCUGGCUCAAGCGCACGCUUACGCCAUGGCUUUGGCCGGCGUUCUUCCCGGACGCACUGCAACCGUCCCUCGACGUUUGAGCUUAUGUAGUACUACGUGCAGUCGAACGCUUCCGUCGUUCAAAUUCGAUGAAUGUGCUGAUCCACCUAGAACUUCCUGCAGUCUAACUUUGCAUCCUUGGCCGCCAGCUCAAGAGGAAGCCGUCGCUGGAUCGGCUGAGAGCUUGGUUGGAAAGGUUCUGGUGGAACAAGGACUUGGCAAAUUUAUAGAUGAUGAUUUUAUCCGAACGACGUCACGAGAAAUGCAAGAGGCUAUGGAUAUGACGCAAGAGGAGAUGGAUCGGGCCGCUCAUCACUUGCUAAUGUUGACGCAAGACGGAGAUGGCACAGCAGUUCGAACUCCAGCGCUAUCGGGUGCGGCCAUUCGACGACCGGGCGGCCAACCCUUGACUUUGGCGCUCAAUUCGGCCUUCAAUGAGGUUGACCACGUCCCGCAAUCCCGUCACAAAUCCUAGCCGAUAUUUGGCAUAGGUAGAUUAACCUAAAUUGUUUUUAUCCUUCACCUUUAAAAAAAAAAAAAAAGCUUUUGGUGAAUUGUUUGGUAAUUUUGGAGAUUUUAUGACUUUGCCUUUUGGUGUCGACAUUCGUCGCCAUUUUGCCAUUUGUGAAUUUUUUCCAGUCAAGUUUGAGAUGUUUUUUUUUUUCAGUGAACCAAAAAUCCUUGUCCCUUUGAAACAAGUGCCUCCCCUCUCAUCUUUGUACGUCGAUAAUAUUCUGUAGCUGUAAUCCUUAUCAGAUCUUUUGUCUCUUAUAUCUUUUUCAAUACAUCCUCCUCAAAUAUU